AUGAUGGUACGUGCUGAGAAUCGAGAGAUGGAGCUUAGAGAGGCCAUGUUUGACUGUCUCAAGGGGGAGAAGAUUUCGCAGCAUCACUAUCAUGAUGAAAGCUUUAUUGGAGAAUUUAAUCAUUUGAUUGAUGGUUAUGUCAAGAAACUAACUCACAGGAUCGAGAUCCUCAAGGCGAAUGGUGAGUCAGUUCCCCUUAAUGCCGCUGCUACAGAUGCAUCUGCUCCUGUUGUUGGUGAUGUGAACCAAGUUGUUGUCGGAUUCGAGGGUUCGGUAAGUAACCCUACUGAAGUUUAUGAUCAUAUGCCUCAAUAUGAUGAUAUGGAUAUGAGUGUGAAUGAGCAGGCUGGAAGUUCUAGUGAUCAUGUUCCUAACCAGAAUAUGAAUAAUCAAGAGCAAUUUCAAUACCAAACUCCUAGUAAUUUAAAUUUGUAUGAUCAUACUCAUCCUAGGUUUUAUGGUUCGAACCAUGGUGUGAAUAUGAAUCGUCAAGUUCCAUUUCAAUACCAAACUUCUACCUUAUGUGAUCAGAAUCAGCCUAGGUUCUAUGGUUCGAGCCAGGAUAUGAAUACAUGUUUGAGUCAUGAUCAUGGUAUGAAUCAGCCUAGGUUCUAUGGUUCGAGCCAGGAUAUAAAUACAAGUUUGACUCAUGGUCAAGGUAUGAAUCAGCCUAGGUUCUAUGGUUCGAGCCAGGAUAUGAAUACAGGUCUGACUCAUGAUCAGGGUAUGAAUCAGCCUAGGUUCUAG